AUGACCAUCCAGGCUCUCUGUAUAAAUAACUUGAUCCAUUUGUUAGUGCUGCCAAACUCCAGAAGAGCUGCAAGAAGAAAGAAGCUGAACCAGAGACUUGCUCCUCGCUUUGGGCAACUUUAAAACCAUCCACGAAGUUUGCACCUAACAAAAUGGAGCAUCUGGAAAACUCCACAGCGUCCCAGAAACACCUCGUCCCGCAGACGCAGAGCAGCGCCAUCUCCCAGGCGGACAAGAGCGGCGGGAACGCGUACCUGUACAUCCUGAUCGUCAUGUGUUUCUACGGGGUCUUCCUCUGCGGCAUCAUGCUCGGGUACUUCCGCUCCAAGCGGCGCGAGAAGAGGAGGAUCAACAUCUUCACGCGCCUCGUGCACGAGGAGGAGCAGCGGGAGUGGGGCGCGCUGCCGAAGAAGCACAGCCUCACCUUCCCCGUCCCCGCCGCGUCGGGACUGCGCUCCAUGAAUGUGUCCCUGCCCUUCUAUGGUAACCACGGCGACCACUUCGGACACCUGCAUGGCGAGGACGCGCUGCCCUCUCCGCUGGCGUGCACUCUGUACACGGAGCAGAGUAGCGUCAGCUCCCUCUGCUCCUCCGCGGACACGCGCUUCGCCAUAGAGGAGGAGUCGGACAGCGGCACGGUGGAGGCAUCAGAAGAGAAAACCAAGGGAGGCUCGGGCAAAAGAGGGGACGACUCAGGCUGAACUCCCCGAGAGACGGUGCGUGGUCCAUCUAAAGAAGAGGAGAAACAUGAGCUGGAGAGAAGAUCAGGAGGCUGUGAAGCGUCCUUGCCCAAAACAACCCAACCAGAAGUCAUCUAUUCUGCAAUAAAACUCUGAUCAAUAACAUCAGGAUCUGAUCUCAGGCCUGGAUAAAGUCACACAAGUGUUUUAAAUCUUAAACCCAGGCCACAUGGCCACAGUGGAACCUUUUCUAUCUUACUUCUACUGUCCUCAAUUUAAACAGCAGCAAGAUAAAAACAAUAACAACUA